AUGACUCCCAGCAAGCUCGCGGUGGUCAUCGCCUUGGUAGCGUCUCUCCUCCUCCUCCUCACCAACAGCAACACCAAGGCUGCUCCGGGCGGCUACCCGCCGGCUCCUCCGCUCGGCCCUCCGCCGCACCAGAUCGUCGACCCCGCCAAAGACUGCGGGGGCGCGUGCGACGUGCGGUGCGGCGCGCAGUCGCGCAAGAACCGGUGCACCCGGGCGUGCCUCAAGUGCUGCAGCGUCUGCCGCUGCGUGCCGGCGGGCACGGCCGGCAACCAGCAGACGUGCGGCAAGUGCUACACCGACUGGACCACGCACGGCAACAGGACCAAGUGCCCGUGA